CUUCCUGCCCGCCUAGACGCCGCUUCUCUCGGGCUGCGGGUCUCGGCUCCGUGCGGAGGGAGAGAUGAGUGCGGCGACGGCGCCGGCGCCCGAGCGGGGUUGGAAGAGCGAGAAAGUGGACGAGGCUCAGGCCCUGGCGCGGAGUUGUGCUGCCCGCAGACCCGACUUCCAGCCGUGCGACGGGCUCUCCAUCUGUGCCACGCACAGCCAUGGCAAGUGCUUCAAGCUGCACUGGUGCUGUCACCUAGGCUGGUGUCACUGCAAGUACGUGUACCAGCCCAUGACGCCGGUGGAGCGGCUCCCCAGCACCGAGAUUCCCGCGCAGCCUCAGGGACCCACAAACACCAUCCAGAUCUCGGUGUCCCUCACGGAACACUUUCUCAAGUUCGCGUCCGCCUUCCAGCCGCCCCUGCCCCCGGAUUCCCCGAGGUACUGCAUGAUCUCAGACCUCUUCAUCGACAACUAUCAGGUCAAGUGCAUCAACGGCAAGAUGUGCUACGUGCAGAAGCAGCAGGCCCCGCACCCGCACAGAACGAGCCCCGAGCGGGGCUCCGCACACGAUGCCUUAAUUCCAAAAGAGAGCAAUACGCCAAAAAUGGAUCACUGCUCGUCCCCCUCGAGCUCGGAGGACUCGGGGAUCAACGCGAUCGGGGCCCACUACGUGGAGUCGUGUGACGAGGACACGGAGGAAGGUGCGGAGCUCAGCUCCGAGGAAGAUUACAGCCCCGAGAGCAGCUGGGAGCCGGACGAGUGCACCCUCCUGUCCCCGUCGCAGUCCGACCUGGAGGUCAUCGAGACCAUCGAGACCACCGUGUGAG